GAGGGAGGGAGGGAGAGAGGGAGAGAGAGGAUGCUAGAAGAGGUACCAGUGUAAAAUGAGAUGCUGAACAUUGGAGGGAUGCUGACGGGACACCUGCUGCAGCUCGAGUCGAGCACCGGAGAACCCAAAGACGCUUUAGAAUCGAGCUGACGAGAGAAAACGACGAGAGAUCUCCAACUUGCAGGCAGAAGACUGAAUGUCCAAGUGUUUGGAAAGGAAAAGAUCAGAAGAGCUCUUCAGAAGGAGUGUGGUACGUGGUCCGAAUCCGAGCGAAAAGAGGAAAAGAGAGCAAUCUAGGAAAAGUGAAUUCGAUUGAAGAGGUGGGAUUUUUUUUUUUUGUUGUUCUUUCUCCAGCUGAUCAGCAGAUGUGCACUGUUCAUCAUCAUGGAGCGGCGUUAACUGAAUAUUUACAAGGAUCCGGACGCAUACAUGGAUGACAUCGACUGUCACGGCGCAGAUUAAGUUAAGAAAUAUUCAUCUAAGUGAGCGUCAUCAGAGAACAAACUGAAUCAACCGGUGGGUGAAGUGCACUGAUCCAAAGCAGAUCAUCUGCCCAGACACCCUGGAGGAAGGAUCAUCCGUUUAAAUGAAUGCCUUUCUCAGAUCUCCAGCUUUCUCUCGCACAAUAUCCAUCUCUCCUCUGUCUUUUUCACUCUCUUUCCCUCACUCUCCUUCUGGUUCUAGUCUUCUUUUUGGGAUGGAGUGAUUUCAGGACUGGAAAGUAGCCAUGCCUGUAAUGAAGGGGCUCCUGGCCCCCCAGAAUACUUUCCUUGACACCAUCGCCAAGCACUUCGACGGCACCCACAGCAACUUCCUGCUGGGAAACGCGCAGGGCUGUCGAGGUUAUCCUAUUGUCUACUGUUCCGAUGGCUUCUGUGAACUGACUGGCUUCGCACGAACCGAGGUCAUGAAGAAGACGUGUACGUGUCGCUUUCUCCACGGAGAAGAAACGAGCGAGAGAGUGACUCAGCAAGUGCAGAAGACUCUGGAAGGUCAGAGAGAAUACCAGGCUGAAGUUCGCUACUACAGGAAGAACGGAAUUUCGUUCUGGUGCCUGCUGGACAUUGUGCCUAUAAAGAACGAGAAAGGCGAGGUAGUGCUGUUCCUCUUUUCCUUCAAAGACAUAACUGACUCGUACGGAAAGACACACCACUGCUCCAAGAUGCAGGAAGAUGGCCCUCAGAACAGGAAGUCCAGCCGUUCUCAUCUCGCGAGUCACGCACGUGAGCAGGGGCGGAGCGUCCUGUACCACCUGACCAGUCAGUUCACCAAUAGAAACAAAGCGAAGCUGGCAAAUAAUGUUUUCCCGAAGCCCACACUCCCUGAAUACAAGGUUGCGUCAGUCCAGAAGUCCCGCUUCAUCCUGCUCCAUUACAGUGUCUGCAAAGCAUUAUGGGACUGGUUAAUCCUCCUAGCAACGUUCUACGUGGCCGUCACCGUCCCUUACAAUGUAUGCUUUUCCGCCCCCGACGACAGUAACCACGAAGACCCCGAGUGUGACUCCUCCUACCGGAGCACUAUCGUCAGCGAUAUAGCAGUGGAGAUGCUCUUCAUCCUCGAUAUCAUCUUGAAUUUCCGCACUACUUACGUGGGGCCAGCCGGGCAGGUGGUGUACGAUGCACGCUCCAUCUGUCUUCAUUAUUCUGCCACAUGGUUCAUCCUGGACCUCAUCGCUGCCCUGCCCUUUGACCUGCUCUACGCCUUCAACAUCUCAGUGACCUCCUUAGUGCACCUGCUGAAGACCGUGCGUCUGCUGCGUUUGCUGCGUCUGCUGCAGAAGGUGGACCGUUACUCGCAGUACAGCGCCGUGGUGCUCACGCUCCUCAUGUCCGUCUUCGCUCUGCUCGCACACUGGCUCGCGUGCGUCUGGUACGUCAUCGGCCGCAAAGAGCUCGCCAGCAACGACCCGGUUACCUGGGACAUCGGCUGGCUGCAGGAACUGGGGAAGCGCUUGGAGACUCCUUACACAAAUGGCACAGUUGGCGGGCCUUCCAUACGCAGCGCCUACAUCGCCUCGCUCUACUUCACCCUUAGCAGUCUGACCAGCGUGGGUUUCGGCAACGUCUGCGCCAACACAGAUGCCGAGAAGAUCUUCUCCAUCUGCACCAUGCUCAUCGGAGCUCUGAUGCACGCCGUGGUGUUUGGCAACGUGACAGCCAUCAUUCAGCGCAUGUACUCACGCCGCUCCCUCUACCAUACACGAAUGAAGGAUCUUAAGGACUUUAUCCGUGUGCAUCGUCUGCCUCAGCAGCUAAAGCAGCGCAUGCUGGAGUACUUCCAAACCACUUGGUCAGUUACCAACGGGAUCAAUGCUAAUGAGCUACUGCACGACUUCCCCGAUGAGUUACGGGCCGACAUCGCCAUGCACCUCAACAAGGACAUCCUGCAGCUGCCCCUCUUCUCCUCUGCCAGUAGAGGGUGCCUGCGCUCGCUCUCCCUGCACAUCAAGACUUCUUUCUGCGCUCCAGGUGAAUAUCUCAUCCGGCACGGAGACGCCCUACAUGCUCAUCACUUCGUUUGCUCCGGAUCCCUAGAGGUGCUUAAGGAUGGGAUGGUGCUUGCCAUAUUGGGUAAGGGAGAUCUGAUUGGAGCAGACCUGCCUGGCCGGGAUCAGGUGAUCAAAGCCAAUGCGGAUGUGAAAGCUCUGACCUACUGUGACCUGCAGUACAUCAGUAUCAGGGCAAUGCGCGAGGUCCUCGAACUCUAUCCUGAAUACGGCAACCGCUUCAAUGAGGACAUUCAUCACAACCUCACGUACAACCUCAGAGAGGGUCAGACUCGAUUUCCUCGCUCUCCGAGAAUCUCACAGGUACCAUAUGCACGGCCGAAACUGCCCUUUAUCGUGGAGGCCGAGGAAGAGGAUGAUCCAGGACAGGAAGUAGGCAGGCAGCCUUUGCUCUCCAAAGUGGAAGGAAACUCAAACCAUUCUGCUCUGAGCGCCAUGUUAGGAGAAGAGCUGCGGCAUUUCGGCAUGCUCCGCCUCUGUCGCUCUCCAACCCAAGGCUACCGAGGGCAGAGCCCCUCCCCCCACCCACCAGCCAGUGAGGACCUGUGCCCCCCUGUGAUCGACACGGUUCCCGUCAACCGUCCAGCCAAGCUGCUCAUCCCCUCACUUACCUGCGUCAGUCCACUAGACCUGAGCCCCAGGGUUGUGGACGGUAUUGAGGACAAUGAACCCGCGUUUCACUUCAACGUGGAGCCCAGUGAGGUCUCUUCUAAUCGAAGGGCCAAAGAUCCCUUACAAGUGAAUGCCAACCUUUUACUUGAGACAGAAGAAGUUAGACAAAGCAUCUCCCAACUCAACACAGAGAUGAACUGCUUGAACCAGGAAGUGUCCAAUCUGGCCAAAGGUCUGCAUGAGAUGAUGCACUUCCUGCAUACCCACAUGACCAUGCCCCACUUCCCUCCCUCCCUCCCACCAUACUCGUCUUUUAGCCUUCACGCACAAACCGGCAACACCAGCCUGACACCAUCUCCCUCUGACUGGCCCCCUCGGAUGUCUUUCAACAUGGACACAGCUCCCAGCUGUGGCUGUGGAAGAGGCUCUGUUCUAGGCCAAGAAGUGGAAAUGGAGCAUCUCCGUGCACCUCCCAGUCCUCCACACAGCACCUGCCCUCACUCUCUGUGCUGCUCCGAACAGGAAAGGCUCUCCGCCUUGGGACUGGAGAGUCAGCCAAGCCCAUACCAGACGUCCAGGACAACACCUACUUCACAAUACAUGGGUCACUCAGCUGGCCGAUCGGUGCCCUGUCUUCUCAGCUUGGCCCCGAGCUUCCCAUCAGUCUCAGGACCUAGCAGGAUGGCACCUCAAACAAACUCUCCAAGUAAAACUCAGUGUUUGCAUAGCAGCCUCAGUCAGUCACACUCUUCUCUAAGCCUGCAGACCACCCCUGACCUCACAUGCCAACGUUCCACACCCAUCCACAUCGCUCUUACACCGACUGGCCAAUCUCAGCCCUUUACAGCCGUCAGUCCGCUUAUGCAUGCCGGGAUUUGUAGCUCGAGCUCCUUACACUUGCCGACAGGGCCUAGACAGAACGACCUGGUCGGGUCGAGUCCUGUCCACCUGCAUGACCCCACCCCGAGCUCCACUGGGGAAAUGACCGAUACAGAGAGCUUUGGUCCUGCAGGGGUCUAAAUACAGUAUUUACUAUAUUUCUUUCUCAACACUUUCAAUGUAAAGAAGUGCCCUGCAUGCCAGCUCCUCCAAAAAAGCAGUGGUGUUGCAAAGAGUUUACAGUCUGCACAGAAAUUUGCAUUUGGUUUUUUUGUUUUGUUUUGUUUUGCUUUGCUUUGACACUAUUACCUCAUAAUCUCCAUUGCAGCUAGCUUCACCAAAGAACAAGGGCUGCUUGGCAUUUCAAACUAAAUGAGACAUGAAUGUUUAAAUGGCAACAUGUAUAGAGAUACAAACUCCAUCCAUCUUCUAUACCACUUAUCCUUCUUCAGGGUCACGGGGAACUCUUCAAAUGUAAUUAUAUAUUCUCUCAAGUGCAAGAUGCAUAGAGAUCAGAGUGUGAUGUAGUGAGAUUUGGAUGCCAGACAAACCAAAACCAAACUCAUUGCUAAAAACAUGGAACGCAAGACAUUUCAGAGGAAGGAGUUUUCUGUAUGCUUCUAGUCUAGUCCAGAGCAAAUGCAGAUUCUGUGAGCUCACUUCCCAUUAUUUGAAAAGUUUUUAAACCAGGCCCCUUAACAGCCCCCUCUGUGUAGAAGUCCUAGGUACUCAGUUCCAGUACUUCCCAAAAGUUUACUUCCCACGUUUGCUUCGCACCACCGGAUUUGGGGGUUCGGGUCCCGCCUCCGCCCUCUGUGCAUGCAGUUUGCAUGUUCUCCCCGUUCUUCAGGGUUACCUCCGGGUAUUCCGGUUUUCUCCCCCAGUCCAAAGACAUGCGUUGUAGGCUGAUUGGCAUUUCCAAAAAAUCCGUAGUGUGCAAAUGUGUGCGUUAUUGUGCCCUGCGAUGGGUCAGCACCCUGUCCAGAGUGUCCUGCGAUGGGCUCUUUUCUCCCUCGUGACCCUGUGUAAGACAAGCGGCAUGGAAAAUGGAUGGAUGAAUGUUCUAUGAGAGGAUUGAGCCGGUUUGUAUUAGGCUGUCCAGGUGAAAACAGUGUUUCUACCAAAAGGUGUGGUUUUGACUUAAGCAUAAAGAUUCAAGGGAUCCAUGCUGUAUCAAGUAUGGUAUUGCGAAACAACAACAAAACAGUCUAUAUAGUAAAUAUGGUGGAAUGUCCUAGAUCGCUCCAUGGGCAGGAGAAAAAGGACAAUGAGAUAAGGCUGGCCCUGGGAGUCCUUAUCUAAUAUCAGGUCUUCGUUGUCUAAAAACGCUGACUUAUUAGUGUACGAAUGGCAGUAGCUGAUAUGGCAGUAGAGGAGAGGUGUAUCUUUCUCUGAAGGGGCUGAACAUAAUCCCCCCCCCACGUAUCACACACGCGGCCAUGUGCCGCACGUAUAGGAGGGUAAAGCAGUUUCUAGAAGCAUAAGCUGCCAUAAUUCUUCACCAGUGUCUUUUAGAUAUAAAGAUCCUGAAAACACUUACAUUUUGGCCCUGGAUUAUUCCCUGUGUUUCUAACAGCAAAGUUCAGCAAGUUUUAAACACCAUUUAAAAGUAGGCUACUUAAAAAUAGGAUACCGUUCACUAGCACUUUGCAAAUAGGACACCCGGGUCAUCCUAUUUGCAGUGACAACCUUAGUGAGCAAGAUUUACAAGGAAUUACUUGUGCAGCUCCAUCCAUUUGAGUCAAAUCAUUAUAAUACAAUGUCAGUGUAAUGUUGACUUAUUUAGUAAUAAAUUAAAAAUUAAUAAAUGAAUAAAUUAAAAAUUUAGAUUGGGUGGUUCAGUGGUGCAGUUCGAUCCUUAGCUUGGGUUGCGCAUGUUCUCCCUGUGCCUACAUGACUGUGAUUCAGGUUCUCAGCAUUCCUCCCACUUUCCAGAAAUAUGCUGGGCGAUGGGUUGGCUACUCUAGGUGUCCCAUUCAGGAUAUACAGUCCGGUCCAUAAGUAUUUGGACAGCGACAAAAUUUUCGCCAUUUUGCCUCUGUACACCACCACAAUGGAAUCGAUAUGUGAUUGAAGUGUAGACUUUCAGCUUUAAGUCAAGGGGUUUAACAAAAACAGUGCAUUAACUGAAGUCCCUCCAUUUUCACAGGCACAAAAGUAAUUGCACAAUUGGCUGAUAAGCAGUUUCAUGGCCAGGUGUGAUCUGUCUCUUCAUUAUUUCAUGACAAAUUAAAGAGAUGAAAAGGUCUGGAGUUGAUUCCAAGCGUUUAGUUUGCAUUUGGUAGCUGUACAUGGAAACUCUCAAUAUGCGGUCCAAAGAGGUGUUGAUGCAAGUGAAGGAGGCCAUCAUUACGGUGAAAAAAAACAAAACAGACCUAUGGGGCAGUGGUGGUUUAGUGGUUAAGGCUCUGGGUUACUGAUCGGACGGUCGGGGAGGGUGGCAGGGAGACAUUCAUUAAUUUCUUGUUAUCUUAAUUCAAUGCUGACAUCUCACCUUGCAAAAACUCAAUUCAGGGAGGUACCUCCACCACCCCUGCAACACCACGGACUCGACUGUAGCUACUCGGAAAAAUGACCGAGUCCAAAAUGUCCAAGUUCGAGUACAAAUUUACCAGAGUGCGUGACAAGUCCGAGUUCGUUCAUGAUAACUCUCGAGUCCGAGUCCGACAUCGAGUACCCCAACUCUAGCUAACGCCGCAGGUUGCUAGCUAGCUAGCAGAAUAAAAUAAUAAAGCUAUGACACACUGUCAUUUUCUAGAUGGAAAAGGAUUAUUUUAACAUAUCAAAUCAUUCACACAUUUAUUUCCCGUUUGAAGUAGUACAAAUGUAUUGCUCAACAGGGUUUAAUGCAUUUCGAGCAAGUAAUAUGGUACAUGUUGUUCUGGACCGCCUGUGCGAUUGAGAUUGCAGUGGGAGUUGAUCAAGGGUCUGAUUUAAAAAUAUUUUCUGGAACGCAUGCCAACUUUUCUACCGUGGAUAUGCCGCUUGAGUUCAUUUGUACAUCCUAAAGUAAAUGUAUUAUAGAGAAGCCAAUACUGGCACAAGGAAUGCUGUGCUAAUUAAAUUUCCACACUGCAUGAUCGAGAUAUUUCCUUCUGUGCUUUCUGCGUUUCGUUCUUUCGCUGCUUUUGUUGCUCAGCUCACAGCACGGCGGCAGAAGGGAAUAUUUGUAAGACGUGCCAUUAUAUGCUUCGAGUAGUUUAUCGUUUGGGUUUCCAGUUAUUAAAUGCUGCAGUGAUAUUAUCCUUCACACUUUCUAAUGGGAAAAAAAAUAAAGUUCUUGAAGGUGUGUGAGGAUUCUAUUUUCAUAUUCAUUUUUUUUUUUUUUUUUUUUUACUAAUUAUUAAAUGUUAUGUUGAUUUCUUAUAGCAUUUUAAGGCUUUUUGACCGUAAAAAAAAAACUUGACCAUUAUGACAUUUUUAAAGGUUUUGUGAAUUAUCUUAAAAUGAUGAAAAUGUGUUUGCCUGCAUUUUGGUGUCCUGUUUGUAUUUACCGAACAGAAUUAUUUUUCCUUUUUGCUCUGUCAAGUAAAGUACCGUUUCAUUGCAUCGAACGCUGAUUGAAGUGUACUGUAUUGAAAAAAAAAAAA